AUGGCCGCUGAGAGGGUGAUGGGUACACUAAUUGAUGUGGUCAAGGAGGCAGUGCUGGCAGCAGUGCCAGUGAGAGAAGAGCUCGCUAGACACAAGGAGGAGGUGGAUGAGCUGCGGCACACGUUGACUCUUGUGGAGGAGAGGAAUGAGGCGACUGCUGCCAUGAUGGAAGAGAGGGAAAGGGAGCUGGCUGCAAUGAAGCGGGAAUUGGCAGCGGUGAAGGUGGAGAUGGCAAAACACGAGGGGCGAUGGGCUGAGAUUUUCCUGGGAGGAGGAGAGGAGGGGGGUGCAGGAGUUGAAUCGACCACAUGCCCUGGAGGAGUUGGCAGCCUGUAA